AUGUUGCUUGUUUGGUGUGAACGAACAACAUUUCAUAAUAGUGAACCCAUAAACGACAACGACAAAAGUGUAGCAUCGACAUUUUUUCAACAUUGGAUGCAAAUUUAUUUGAAGAAACCAGAUGAGAUACUUCCAUCACAUCUUAGUACCAUUCCAAAAUAUGGUGGUUGGGGAGACUUGAAAAUUAUCUAUGUAUGUGCUUGUCAAAUUGCACAUCUCUUUCCAAAUGAACUACCAUUGCUUGAAAAUCUUAAAUCAGCAUGUGUCAGAAUGGUUGGAGACCAAUUAAAGUAUGAUCACCGAGUUCUGUUGAAACAGUCCAAUGAGCCAUUGAAUACAGAAAAUCAAGAAACAAUAACGAAAAGCCAAGAUUGGAUUAGUAACUGUGCUAAUGAAGCUCCAAGAAUUUCGAAUAAUUCUAAGAAAUUUACUACAGUUAUGGCGAAAGAAAUAGCCCAAUAUUUACACUUGUCAAAUAGUCUUACUUUUAAAAAUGAACCACAACUAAGUACUUGGAAAGGCCAAGCUUACGAAAAUUAUAGAUGUCUCAUCGGAAAAUUGUGUCGAUUAUUAGAAAAAGCAUCACCGGCGUAUGUUGAUGAGCAAGCAAAAUUGAAAAAUCGAAAUGACCGAGCACAAUUUUGUACUAAAGUACAACGUGAACAGUUAUUAACUGCUCCACCUGCAUCGACCAUUAUAUAUCCCAUACCACAACCACUUCCUCCGUGUUCAUUGAAAGAACUCAAGCCACUUUUGGAAUAUUUAUCAUCAAACAAACCUGGACCAUGUGAUGACAAACAGCCUAUUGUCUUUCCACGUGGAACUCUCAUGACUGGUGGACGGUUAGAUUUGUGUAAACAAGUGGUUGGUCCACAAAGUGUUCAACCUCUACUAGAUGCUAUGAAACAUAGCUCUUAUGUCAGUCGUUUAUUGCUUGGAAAUAAUAUCGUGGGACUUCCAGGAGCUAAAGGAAUUUCUGAAUACAUUCGUUGUAAUUCUGAUUCAAAGAUUGACACGUGGUAUAUUGCUUGCAACACAUUUGAUAGUGAAUGUAUAUCAUUGAUAUGUGAAGCAUUAGCUAAGGACAGUAAAGUAAAAGCACUUUGGUUAAAACGAAACCCUAUUGGAACUGUUGGAUCUAACCAUAUCACUCGAAUGUUAAUGACUAAUACUUGUUUACAAACAUUAGAUUUAUUCAAUACUGGUUUAUUAGAUGAAGGCUAUUGGUUUUCUGAAUUUGAUUUUUAUAAUUAA